AUGGAUUUACAACAUUCUAAAUCUUAUGCAGCAUUGACUUAGUAGAGUAGCUAGCUAUUUAAACCAAAGCAACUCUCGUUUAAAUAAUAGAUGGGUAUAUAAUAAGAUCAAUAAUCCAGCAUAGUAGCCUACGCAGACUCAUAGAUUAUAGAUACAGGCACUUACGACGCCAACAAUGACAGAAUCCCUUAUCUAAAUUAGCAACUUUAUUCAUUUAAAUCCUACAGAAUAUCCACUGAAAUGAUAAAUGGAUCUCCUAUUGAUCAAAUAUAAUUGAUAUUGAGGGAAAACGAGAAUUUAAAACGAUCAUUAAACCAAAAAUAGUAGAUUAUAGAAUCCUUAAAUCGAAGUCGCAAAGUUAAACCAAGAUUGGACUUCAGUGACUUUAAAAAGAACUCUAGAUCUCUUGUUCAACCGUAAAGUUAGCAGGAAUCCAUCAAACCGAAGAAUGUUGAAAUAAAAUAGUCCAUCUCUUAAAAUUAUAAUAAACGCAUUAAAUUGCCAAAAAUAGAGGAUUCCAUACCAACCAAGGAGGAUGAAUGUAAUUUCACAUUUGCCAAUAAUUUUUUCAACAAUAAUACUUGCAAAAAUUAAAAGAUCAACUUCAAAUAAGUGUUUACAUAGUCUCAUUUGAAGAAAAAAUUUUUCACUUGA